AUAUCCAUGACGUCCCACGGAAGUAAACAAUCCGCAGGUGACGUGGAGUAAAGUCUUUCACAACCAACCGGACAGGCUGGGUCAGCUGGAGCUGAAUUCACGGGUUUAUUGGGACAUUUGUCGUUUCAGUCGCUUUCUGACUUCUCAGUUUAUCAAAUGGACUCAACUGUUGUCGUCUAAAAAACUCACUAAAAAAAUCCAAUCCUCGUUAAAACGCUGAAGUAAAAUGGCGUCAGCAGAGGAGGCCAGCAGACCCUUCGCCGGGCUGUCGGACGUCUCCAUCUCGGAGGACAUCCCCGUGGAGGGGGACAUCUCUGUGCCCAUGAGCUCCUCCCGGCGGGACGACGAGUUCUCCACGCUGGACGAGCCGGUGAAGGAGACUAUUCUGCGGGACCUGAGGGCGGUGGGGAACAAGUUCAUCCACGUCCUGUACCCGAAGCGGAGCUCGGCUCUGCUGCGGGACUGGGACCUGUGGGGCCCGCUGCUGCUGUGCGUGACGCUGGCUCUGCUGCUGCAGGGAGGCGCCGCUGACAGCGACGACCAGGGAGGACCUCAGUUCGCUGAAGUCUUUGUAAUCAUCUGGUUCGGUUCCAUUAUCAUCACCCUCAACUCCAAGCUUCUGGGAGGCACCAUAUCCUUCUUCCAGAGUCUGUGUGUGUUGGGAUACUGCAUCAUGCCUCUGACAGCAGCCAUGGCGGUGUGCAGGAUCGUCCUGGUCGGUGGCACGGGGACGGUCAGCUUCGCCGUGCGGCUCGUGGUGGUGACGGCGUCCUUCGGCUGGUCCACCUUCGCCUCCACGGCAUUCCUCGCUGACAGCCAGCCGCCAAACCGCAAGGCGUUGGUGGUGUACCCGGUGUUCCUCUUCUACUUUGUGAUCGGGUGGAUGAUCCUGACAUUCUCACCGUCACAGUAGACGAGAAACAAAAAGAAUGGAGGUGAACUGACAAACAUGAAGGAGGCUUUGUAGGUUGAAAGGACUAACAAAAAAAAACACCGGUAUCUGCCUUUGAACCAAGAUGAAUGACUACUGAAAUGACUGUGGGUGUUUCUCGGUGUCUGAUAUUGUAUUAAGACUAAAUAGACUCCAUAAAUAUUCCUAAAUAACUCCUUUGGGUGAAGCGUUGGCUCUGUCUCGGAUUCCGAGAAGUCCUGGGGACAGUUUUGCUGCAGAUGGAGAGUUAGAAAGCUGAUGAAUAUGUUCAUAUUUUUCCAGUUUGUCUCCCAGAUGUGUUUAUCAGCUGUGUAUAAAUAAAGUCUAUUGGUGUGUACAUA